GUUUUUAUUAAAGCAAAACAAGAGUCAUUCUCUCAUGGCCAAUAACACAACAACUCACGCUUCAUACAUCCAAGAGGAUCCACUGGCGGAUGAAAAUAUUCCGCCUGAACGUCCUAAUCCCGCCGACUCUUCUGAGUUUGAAAAUGCAGCACUGAACAAAAUGGAGAGGAUCCCCUCAGGGGGAAACGAUGUGAAUGUUUUUGACGCUCAUGUUUUUUCCACUCCUGUUCCGAAGAAUAAAAGCGGUGAGGGCCAGGUGGCGUCACGGUUGACUGGUUUCCCGUCUGCUCUAACCCCCGUCUUAAGGUAUCUGAAUAUCGGGAAUAAAAGUCCAUCUCCAGAGCUUUUUAAACAUCCAAAGCCUCCCAAUCUCUCAGUUCCCUCCAGCUUUCCUGCUGCAAACUGUCAAAAAUCAGCUGGAGAAUCUAGGAGACGAAUCAGCGAUGAGGAUUUCUCCAUGAUCAACGAUGAAUGCUUACCAGAAAUGACCUUUUGCGAUCUUUCAGCCAUGCAGCUGACUACCAAUGAUUCAGUCCUUCCUGAUAGCCUACAGGCGUCACCUCAUCCGUACGGUACAAAGACACACCUCCAGACGAGGGCUGGAGAUCAGAACAGCCUGUCUGAGUUACCGCCGCUGUCCACAGACUAUCCGGUCCGGGUGGAUCGUGACUUUGAGACCAACCUUUCGUCCCAUGGGCUUAUUGAUAAUUACUUGCAAGACAUUACUCUCCUUGAGCUUACGCAGGACUUGGAGCUUUCUCCAGUCGACCAGACGUCCUCCGUGGACUUCACACCGGUUCUUUCACCCGCCGGUCGCUUACAAGCCUCUGACCACAGUGAACAAAUCCUGACGGAGCUCGGCAAAUCGGACACCAUCACCAACGAGGAGCUGUCCGUCACAAGCGUGAAUUCUGCCCAGUGUGCAGUUAAAGCAUCCUUAGACGUAACUCAGGACGUUACCAUGGGCCGUACUUUAGAAAACAGCGGGUCUUCAGACACCAGCGCCCGAGCUAUAAAUGUCACUCAUGACCUAACCUCCUCCUGUAACAUCUCUAGUUCUGGCAUAAACGGGUCCAUCCCUGGGUUUUAUUCUGAACCCAGAGAAAAGCCCGGUUCUGUAGAGAUGGAAGUCCUGCAGACCAGCGGGGAGACAACGGCCUCCAGAGACGGGUCACAACAAAACCCAGAAUCAGACACCGGUGGACAAGAAGUGGAGAUGUCUGAGAAUUCAGACGCCGACGCCCGAGCUAUAAACGUCACUCACGACCUAAACUCCUCCUGUAAGAUCUCUGCUUCUGGCAUAAACGGAUCCAUCCCUGAGUUUUAUUCUGAACCUGCGAUGGAAGUCUCCAGAGACGGGUCGCAACAAAGCCCAGAAUCAGACACCGGUGGACAGGAAGUGGAGAAAUAUCAGAAUCCGGACGGGGACUCUCUCUGUACCAAAGCUAUCAACAUCACUCGUGAAAUAAACCACGAGGCAUCUGCUCUGUCUGCUACCUUGUCCUCCUGGACCACAGACGGAUCCAUCCCAGGUUUGGAACCUGAACCCAAAGGAACGCCUCAUUCUGCAGAGCUGCCGCCCGGCUGUGGCACCGAGUCAACCAGCAAGGAGUCACGGCAAAGCCCCACAUCAGACGUCUCCAACGGCCAGUUUACUGUGGAGCGGGCCUCUGCAGCCUCCCCUCCAGUUUGCUGCCAUAAUAACGAGACGCUGGAUCUUCCGACGGCUGAUGGGGGCGAGAGCGGAGAGCAGCAAAGCUCUGACUCCGUUAAAACUGAAGCUUCCUGUGUCAAAAAUGAAAGCACCGUCGCCGUAGAGCAGGAUGCUAGUUUUCAUGAGGUUCAUCUUCAAAAGCCCAAAAUCCAAAUGGGUUGUGCUUCAGGGAAAACUCCUGCUUCCCUCGGUCACCGGAUCAACGCGUCUGAUUGUAAACCUCCCUCAGAGCAAAACGCCACAAUAACUUUGUCAGAAAUGAGCUCGAGCGUCACUCAGCAAAGCUGUUUGGGCAACGCCUCCGCUCCCAAAGCUGUAAAUUUAACCACUACACUUAAAGAGGAGUGCUCUGAAAACCACGCAUCGAAGCUCCAAAGAAACGAGCCAGACGCAAAGACGGACGGCAGCCCGAGCAGGACGUCUGACGCCCGUCCGGCUUUAGAGCCAGCUGCUGCCAGCGGUGGAUGUGAACGCAGGGAUGGUUCACAGUCGGGGCUGCAGGCGGCGGACGACGUCUUUGACCUCUCCAACCAGGAGAGCCUGGACUCAAUAACCAGCAAAACUCACACAUUUAAUCUAGAUGAGACUUUAGAUUUAAGGGCUGAGAUCUCCAGCACUUCUACACCGAUGCCAAACUGUAAAAUGUUCACCUUUGAGAGCAAGCGAGAGGCGGGCCAAGGCCUGGCGCCGCAGAGAAAACUCUAUGGGAACCUCCCCAAUAUGGCGUCUGAAAAGGCGCCGUCCAGCAUCGUUUGUGAGCGUAAAACUUUCCUCCCGCCGUCUGCGCCUAAACACCUUUUGCCUCCUUCAAAACCGGCCGGCCAGCUGUUGACGAGCCGCCCGCCGACCGCAGCGACGGGCCUGCCGGUGAAACGGCACCGACCCGAAGGGGAUUCUGGGAAAAGCGCUGCCUCAGAGGAACAACGGGGGAAAACCUCAUUAUCGAGCUCUUACAACCUGCGAUCUUUAGCCUCCAAGCUGCCCGUCUCUGGCUUGCAGAGGCCUCAGCGGAGCGGCAUUCCCGUCGGCUUCCCGAAGACAGCGCCGGGUCCAAGAACGGCCGUCUCUUCAUCCACAGAAAAACUCAGUGGAUCUACAGGUCUGCUCAAAGCUGCCAACCCUGUCACAAAGGCUGCACAAGGAAAGAAGCAUCCUUUGACUAAGGGAGAACCUUUGCCUCUGUCAAAGAAGAAGAAAAUGGAUAAACUUGUGCAAUCCAGCAAUGCUGACGCUCCAGCCUCUGGGUGCGACUCUGCAAACGGGGUGAAAGCCCUAAAACUGCGUCCGGCCAACCAAAGAUCUGCGCCUGAUAAAGCCUCCAAACCUGGUGCUGCGGUGCCGGCAAGCACCGCUAAGACCGUAACGCCGUGUGACGCGAGCCGCAGAGGGAGUAGCCUGAAACCUCCCGUAACCAAUCAGAGAGCUCGCCUCACUGGACCCCAGAGCCACAUUGCAGGUUGUGCCAGAUGUGAUGAGCUAGAGCAGGAGAACCGGCUACAAUCCCAAGAAAUCCAGAAGCUGAAAGAAGAGCUUCUUAAGUGGAAAACUCAACUAAACUGCUGAAGGUUCCUGUCAUUUUUUUUGAAUGUAUAUGUGUAAAUACACAGAAAUUUUACUUUUUCUUUUUUAUAUAUAUAUACUUAACUGUUUUCCAGCCUGCAUUAUUAUAAUUUUCUUUUUACAGCAUGCUUGUGCUGUCCGUUUUAGGUUUAUCAGUGAAGUAAAGACUCAUUUACAAGUAAAAUGGCUGAAAUCAAGUUUUGUAUAAUACAUGAUUAAAGUUUUCAUGAAUGGAACAGCUCGA